CUACAACCAAGCUCCAAGCUUGCCUUUGAGUUUGAGUUUGUCUUGAGGAUCUUCUUUUUUUGGUUUUUGGCUUAAGCUUGCUUCUUCUCCUCUUCUACUACUUUUUUAUCUCUAUUUCAAAUCUUCUUUUUCAUCCUUAUUUUGUAAAAUCUUGAAAUCAAACCAAGAAAAUGGAAAUGAAAUUGGUCUUUACCACGGCUUUUACUCAAAUGUUCGGCUACUCGAACCACAUGGAUCAAACCAGCAACUGCCAAAGCACCCGCAACAAAAUUAUAAAGAUGAUGAAGAAAGAAGAAUUCCCAAGCGGAUUUCAAGUUCCUCUUCACUACCCUAAAUACUCCAAGUCUGAUUACGAAGCCAUGGAUGAUCUCCGCCUUGACUUGCUGCUCAAACAAUACGGAUUCUCAUUCGAAGGAUCUCUUGAAGACAAAAGGGUUUUUGCAAUUGAAUCAUUUCUCUGGCCUGAUCAGCUUUAGGGUUCAUGUUGGUGUUGAAUUAUCUCAUAUCUCUCUCCACCGGAGUCUUGCAUAUCAAUGAGCCUAUAAGAUGGUUGAAUGUUUUUAAAUUAUGUUAAAUUUCCAUGUAUAUCAAAUUAUGAAUCACUUAGUAAUGUCUUAGAAUAAUGUCAAAUAAUGUGUGUUAUAUUUCUCUGUGUUUGGGGUUUGAAUUUACACAUAUGUAUGAUGUAUCAUCAUGAUCACAUUAAUAACAUAUAUGAUGUAUCAUGUAUAACAUUCAAAAAGUGUGAUCUAUCGACUUAUUAUAACCCCA